GCCUAAUUGCUUAGCUAAUACUUUAAAGUGAUAUGAGAAAAGCGAUGAACGGCGUGGAUAAAACACUUACAUCACGGUGGGCCCCACGGAGCGCUGCCCGGACGGAUUACUGUCCGGGCGGGGGUAGGACGCAAUCCGCGUCAAAAAAACACUACCGGUUCGCAGAGGGAGAGGGAGAGAGCGGCAGCAGCUGGAGAGAGAGAGAGAGAGAGAGAGAGAGAGAGAGCUGAAAUGGGGAGAAGAGGAAGGAAGAGAGGGACGGGGAUCGGAACGGCUAGAGGUCGUGGCCAUGGAUUGAAUAGACAGCUGCCGCUGGCGCUGGUGCCGGUGCCGGUGUCCAUUGUAGAGGCUGGGGAAGGAGAGAUGCCGGUGCCGGUGUCCAUUAUAGAGGCCGUUGAAGGAGAGAUGGCGGUGCCGGUCUCCAUUAUAGAGGUCGAGGAAGGAGAGAAUUCCGAUGAUUCUGCAUCAGAGAGAACUGGUGCGGGAAGGGGAAGGAAGAGAGGUACGGUGGCUGGAACGGCAAGAGGCCUCAGCCGCGGUCGUGGCCGUGGCCGUGGUCGUGGCCAUGGCCGUGGAUCAAAUACAAAGCUGCCGCUGGCGCUGGUGCCCGUUACCGAGGCUGAUGAAGGAGAGAAUUCUAAUGGUUUUGCUUCGGAAAGAUGUGGUGAUGGAGUUACGGUCUCGACUUUUGAUUACUCGGUUGAAAAUCACUUCCGCAAUAUCGAAUCGAUCUCAUCCCUCUGUGGAUUGGAUGGUGAUGAUAGCUGUGGAAAAGACGAGAUCCAUCGGUUCUCAUCGACCAUCACUUUCUUAGUAGAAUGGAAGCAUUUUUAUUAUAAACCGAAAAGCAUUAGGUUUGCUUAUGAAACUGGAAUCCCGCAAGUAAAAGAGGUUCUUAAUGGGAUAAGCUUACCUCAGUUUUCCUCUGCAACAGUUCCUAAGAUGGAAGGACAAUCCAGUAAUACAAGAUUCGUGAAUUCCCAAAAAGAUUUUGUCUUGCACGUUGGUGGGCAUAUUUGGGCAUUGGAUUGGUGUCCUAGACUUCUCCAACGGCCUGACUGUCAUAUUAAAUGCGAGUAUCUUGCUGUUGCUGCUCAUCCUCCUGAUUCUUCAUAUCACAAGAUGGGUGCUCCAUUGACUGGCAGAGGUGCCAUUCAGAUAUGGUGCAUUAUAAAUGUUGAUGUGAAAGAGGAAUUAACUCCAUCAAAACCCAAACGCAGGGGUAGAAAGAGAUUAGUCAGGACGGAGCCUUUAGAUAAUUUAAGUAGUUCUGAAGGUCUCAAUGUAAAUACUGUAACAGCAAGUGGUGAUACAGAGGCAAGGUUGGAACUGGAAGCACGUAAUGGCAACGCAGAUGGUCCAAUUACUCCUCUGAAAAGAAUGAAAAAUACGGUGAUGACAAGGGUUUGUAAUAACACUGGAAACCCGAUGUUGUCGAUUAUGAAUGAGGAUGAAUUGUCAGGUGCUUUUCUGCAAGAAAAUAGCAACCAUGAGCAGGUUAUGAUGGCACCAAAUAAAAAUGUGCCCCCUAAAGGGCCCUUGUUAGCUUGCAUGACUAGUUCUUUUCUUCCCAACGAUGUUUCUUUGCCUAGACUCAUGUUGUGCCUCUGCCACAAUGGAAAAGUUGCAUGGGAUUUGAAAUGGCGGCCUUCCGAUGCUAACGAUCCAGAGCAUAAACAUCACAUGGGCUAUCUUGCCGUGUUGUUAGGAAAUGGUUCUCUCGAAGUGUGGGAGAUUCCUUUGCCUAGCAUGAUCAAGAAAUUAUAUAGUUCUUUCUGCAAACAGGGUACAGAUCCUCGCUUUGUUAAACUGGAGCCGGUGUUCAGAUGCUCAAAGAUGAAGUGUGGUGACAGGCAAAGCAUUCCUCUUACAGUGGAGUGGUCGACUUCAGCCCCACAUGAUUUAUUACUAGUCGGAUGCCAUGAUGGAACGGUUUCUGUUUUGAAGUUCUCAGCAAGGGAUUCCUCCCAAGAUACAAGGCCUUUGCUUCGCUUCACUGCUGAUACAGUUCCUAUAAGAGCUCUUGCAUGGGCACCAGAUGAAAGAGAUGCAGAGAGUGCAAAUGUAAUAGUGACUGCUGGACAUGAAGGACUAAGAUUUUGGGACAUACGACCUAGUGCCGAACAAGUGUUGAUGAGUGGGAGCUCAGGAGUUAGGUGUUUGAGUCCGUGUGAUCCAUACCGGCCUUUGUGGGACCUUAACCCAUUGCGGAAGGUUGUAUUAAGCCUGGAUUGGUUGCAUGACCCAAGAUGUGUCAUUCUGUCCAUUGAUGAUGGAACGAUGAGGCUCCUUAGUUUGUCAAACGCCGCACAUGAUGUUCCCGUGACUGGGAAAUCUUUUGCUGGGACACAGCAGCAAGGGUUGCAUACUUACUAUGGGUCACCGUUUUCUAUAUGGAGUAUUCAAGCAUCAGGACUGACUGGUCAGGUCGCAUAUUGUGGUGCAGAUGGUUCAGCUUUCUGUUUCCAGCUUACACAUAAAGCGGUGGUGAAAGAUCCAAUAAGGAAUCGGCCACCGCAAUUCUUGUGUGGGUCACUGACUGAAGAAGACUCAAUACUCACCCUCAACAUCCCUAUGCCAAAUACUCCGCUCCCUAUGAAGAAACCUCGUCCUCAAACUCCAGCUGCUCCGAAGAGCAAGGCAACUCCACCGGACAAAGCCAACAAUGGGAAGGAAAGGAAGGAUCCAAGUAAAACAAUAGCGAAAAACAAAACAAGUGAUGCUAUGAGCUUGGUUGGAGAGGAAGAAGAGCAGGAGAAUCCACACAGUGGGGAGGACGAGAUGGGGAAUUCAAAGCCUGGAAUUGAACCUUUCCCGCCUAAGAUAGUGGCCAUGCAUAAAGUGAGGUGGAACAUGAAUAAGGGUAGUGAGAGAUGGUUGUGUUACGGAGGAGCGGCUGGGAUCAUACGGUGCCUGGAGAUCGACUUGUCUACUGCUCCCUCUCGACCCCCACGUAAGUGAUGAGUUAUAGUGAUGGAGAAACAGAUGCAUCUGUAGACUCUUAUCAACAGGUAGAGCUGUAUAUAAAUGGAUUGUUUAUUUAUAUCAAGGUAAAUUAUUCAA